GCACGUGUGCGCUGUUUUUGCAACGUGGUGACGUCACGCGCACGACAACAGGAAGUCACUUGAGUCGAUGUAAACACAGCACAGCGUGCUGCAGCACAGCUUUAAAAAAUGGGCGUGAAAGGUCUUCAGAGCUUCAUGGAGCGCUGCUGUCCUGAAGCCUGUGAGACUGUGGACCUGAGGGAAAUGGCCAGACAACAUGCUGCCAAAAGCCAACAGGACUGCACAGCCUCAGCUAACAGCCCCACGCUCGUUGUGGAUGGCAUGGCCUGCCUGCGCCACUGGUACUCUUGUAAGAACUGGGUGUGUGGGGGGCAGUGGAGGGAGUACAUGGAUGUGCUGAAGAGCUGGGUGGAGGCCUUCACCUCAGCAGGCAUCAGACUGGUCUUCAUCUUUGAUGGGGUGGUGGUGGAGCAGAAGCGACAGACAUGGGUGAAGAGAAGACUCAGAGUGAACAACGAGAUUUCUAAAAUAUUUCGUCACAUAAAGGAACAUGGAGAGCAGCCUGGUCGAGAGCUGUUCUCCAUUCCUUCUGGUCUGGCAACAUUCACACGCUUUGCUCUCAGGUCAUUGGGCCAGGAAGUUUUUCUCUCAGUGCAGGAGGGUGACUAUGAAAUUGCCAACUAUGCUCGUAAGCAUGGCUGUAUGGGCAUUUUGGGACAGGACUCAGACUUCAUCAUAUACGACAGUUCCCCCUACUUGUCUGUGGAAAAGCUGCGGAUCAACAGGCUCACCACUGUCCUGUACGACCGACAGAGGCUCUGCCGGACCAUUGGAUUGGAGGUUAACCAACUUCCACUGUUGGCCUGUCUCUUGGGUAAUGAUGUGGUGUCAGAGAAGCAGAUGCAACACAUCAGGAACGACGCUAUGGCAGCAUACAGGAUAAACAAUCCCGCACCACACUCUGCUGCUCCUCAGGGGCAGAUGGUGCUAGCUGUAUCCCACCUUGUGAGCUCCUUGUGGUGCAAAGAGAAGGAAGAGACAGGGCUUAUCCCUCAGUCUCUGAAUCUGUCAACUCCUAACAGAGAGCUACUCAAGAGGGGGAUUUGCUCCUACUUACUGCCUGGACAGGAAGCUCUUCAGCAAGGUGACAUCUCUGCACUUCCUCCUGCGCGAGCCUUUGAGAAACAUGUUAGUCCAGAAAUAUUAAAGGCCUGUAGAGAGAAGCAUGUAGCAGCAGAGGGUUUUAUGAUUUAUGGUGUUUUGUGCGAGGGACUUAUUGAAUGUAGCAACACUCUGGAGGAUGAGGAGGACACUGAGUUGCUACCUCAGGCCCUCGUCUACAAACCCUGCAGACAACUCAUCUAUGGGCUGCUGCUGCUGCACGGGCAUGAUGGCAGUGAUGUCGACCUUCCAGCUGUCAGGGAAUGGUUUGUCUACCCUGGAAACCCUCUGAAGGAACCUGAUAGGGUCCACCCCAUCAGCCUCCCAUGUGAUCAGCCCAGUCUGGACUUGUUAUGGUUCGGCACCGGUCCUGAAGUGUCUGCUCUUCGCCUGACGUCCUUUCUUUCAAUUUUUGACUGCCAGGAAUUCUCUGAGUUGUAUGGAGAUAUUGAAGACUGUCUGCUGGCUGCACUCUGCCUGGUCACUUACAUUAUCCUCCAGGUACAAACUUUGUCUCAAGAGGAUUUAGAUGCUUACCUGAGCCAGGCUGUGUGUUUGAGACAAAAAUCUCCCCAGGAGCUUCAACAGAUCAAGCUGCCUUUCCUCUCCAGUCGGGCGGUGCAGCUGGGAUCUCUCUAUGUCCGAGGGCUGAGCCACCUGCUGGGCGCUAACUGUGCCAGCGGGUGCCCGCUGCCCAACGCUGCCAUGAUGCCUUGGCACAGCUUCGAUGGACGGCUGUUCCACUCAAAGUACCUGCUGGCACAUAGCGGCACGGAGAAAACUGUGUUGCUGGACAGCGAUUCGUCCUGUUUGUCUCUCUUUCUCCGCCUGAGAGAGAAACUUAUAGAAACAUGCAGGAAACGAGGCAGAGUCCUGCAGUCCAGACCCAAAGCACCGGCAGAAAGGCAUAAAACCACAACAGGACCCAAAUACAGAGAAAGACACACAGGUGGCGGUGAGAACUGGAGGGAAAGAGGAGAGACGACAGGAGGCUAUCAACACAGAGGAGGAUGGAGGGAGAGAGGGGAGGCGAGGGGAGGCCGAAGUGAAUAUAAAAACAGAGACAGAGUGUGGGCGAGAGGAGGCCAACAUUUUCACCCUCAUCCUCAUUCAUAUCAUAACUUCCACGAUCAAGGACCCCAGAACACGAGCCAUCCUCAAACACAGUCCAGAGGUCGAUCACACCACAGCAGAGGGAGAUACCAGCUGGCUCCGAGUUGGUGGCAGCCUCCUGCACCAGGAACAUAACUCGGCCCUUAACAGAGAAGAGAGAAGAGGAGGAUUAGAGGGGAUGGUUUCAGGACUUGAGAGGAUGGGUAAAACAUGAUGAAAGGAGUGAGGGAAUCAAAUUUCUCUGAACAAACUGAUUAGUGAAUUACCCAUCAGCUGUGUUUGUCUAAAGGAUGCAGUAGGUAGAGGAAAGGCAAUCAAGAGGCAGCAGAAUGAAGAGAUUAGGUGUUUUAAUUUGAUGGCUUAACCAGUUAUUCUUAUUAUUUGCUCCUCAAAAUCAGCUCUCCUAUGCCUCCUUUAUUUCAGGACAACUUACUUCUUAAGUGUCCUCUUCUUGAUGACUUCUUAGUGACAUCAAAUGAACAGUAUGUGUGAGAACUCGCCACACAAACACAGAAAUGAGUCACUUGCAACAACAUGCACAGAGGCUUAAUGGUUAAUCCUCAAGCCUGUUUUUACCUCUUAUCUGUGACAAUAAAAGAGCAAAGAUCUUAAAAGCUGUGUGUAUCCAGUGGCAUAAUCCUUUUAAAGGACUGAAGAAACAGUAAUGCUAGUAUCAAAUGUCAGCUGAAGUGGGUCAUCAGUACAGGAGAUUAAUUCACCUUUAUAAACUGAUACCGAGAACCGUUUGUGACAUGUCAAAAGCAAAGUGAGGCAACUUGAGUCAUACACAAAAAACUAAUGUAAUGUAAUGGAUACUAAAAGAUACAGAGAUUUAUAUUUUACUGUUUUGUACUUUGCUUUAACCCGUCUUCAAAUAAACAUUUUAAUUUACA